AUGGCCGUAUCAGCCCGUUUGAGAACGACUGCCGAGGAUACAUCCAUUGCUAAAUCAACACAAGAUCCAAUUGGUGAUACAGAAAUCAGUGUAGCAAAUGCUAAGGGCAGCAGCGAUAGCAACAUUAAGAAUUCGCCAGGCGGAAACAGCGUUGGUCAGGAGUCGGAGCUAGAGCAUGUCCCUGAGGAGGAUGACUCUGGUGACAAGGAAGCAGAUCAUGAGGAUUCUGAGACAGCCACUGCGAAGAAGAGGAAAGCCCAACCAUUGAAGAAUCCGAAGAAAUCAUUGAAGAGGGGCAGAGUCCCGGCGCCUUUGAAUUUAUCGGAUAGCAACACUAAUACACACGGUGGUAAUAUUAAGGACGGCAACUUGGCUUCGUCUAACUCUGCACAUUUUCCUCCUGUUGCUAAUCAAAACGUGAAAAGCGCGCCCGCACAAGUUACUCAGCAUUCCAAGUUCCAGCCCCGUGUCCAAUACUUGGGAAAGGCCAGUUCUAGACAAUCUAUACAAGUGAAUAAUAGCAGCAAUAGUUAUGGGAAACCACACAUGCCCUCGGCGGGCAUCAUGAGCGCCAUGAACCCUUACAUGCCCAUGAAUCGCUACAUAAUGUCACCAUAUUAUAAUCCGUACGGUAUCCCUCCACCUCACAUGCUGAACAAGCCCAUAAUGACACCCUACGUGUCGUAUCCAUAUCCAAUGGGACCGCGGACCUCCAUUCCUUAUGCUAUGCAAGGUGGCAACGCUAGGCCCUACGAAGAAAAUGAGUAUAGUGCUAGCAAUUACAGAAACAAGAGGGUUAACGACUCAUAUGAUUCGCCUUUGAGUGGCACCGCUUCCACUGGGAAAACCAGACGAUCCGAGGAAGGCUCAAGAAAUUCUAGCGUAGGAUCAAGUGCGAAUGCCGGUCCUACGCAACAGCGCGCGGAUCUACGCCCAGCAGAUAUGAUACCUGCUGAAGAAUACCACUUUGAACGGGAUGCAUUACUCUCGGCCAACACGAAAGCCAGAAGCGCAAGCACAAGCACAAGUACAAGCACAAGCACAAACCGGGACAGGAGUUCAUGGCAUGAGGCAGAACCCAAUAAAGACGAAGAAGAGGGUACGGACUUGGCCAUCGAGGACGGAGCGGUCCCCACUCCCACUUUUACUACGUUCCAGCGGACCUCGCAGCCGCAGCAGCAAUCACCUAGUCUUCUUCAAGGCGAAAUCCGACUCUCAUCGCAUAUUUUUGCCUUCGAGUUCCCCCUGAGCUCUAGCAAUGUAGACAAGAAAAUGUUUAUGAGCAUAUGUAAUAAAGUAUGGAAUGAAUCAAAGGAGCUGACAAAAAAAUCAUCAUCACAUCACAGAACCGGAAAAUAG